GUCGUAAGUGGAGGGGAUUACGCAUUGUGAGAACCCCGCACAUUCUCCACCGCAGCCGCCGCUAUUGUGGUGACUGAAUUGCUUUCCAGUACCAGGACAUUUAGUUAAGCAGAUUGUGUUUCCUUACACCACGCGACGAUCUCUCUUGAUGGCAGCUGGCGAUAAGUGCUUUGGAGGGAGACGGCAGAAUCGCACACAAACAGAGACAUGUGCUGGCAUACAAACGGCAUCAUAACAAGAUGGCAUACAGCACCGCCGGGAUCAUGGACUAUACUGUGCUGUUGAAUGAGGAAUCGGUCGCACUGGACCAGUGACACCUUCAUCCGCUGUCCGCUAAGCAUGGGAGGUGCAGAGGAAAUGCACGGGUGGACAGUAAAAAUGAGCACGCCUGGUGUUUUGGCCGUGGUGACGUUCUUUUCCAUGAUUCCUGGCGGGGUGCUGAGCGAUAUGGGAUGCACUCAGGGUCUGGAAGCCCCGCAGUUCGCCCAGGGGUCCACUCAUCUGCACCGCCGCCUGAAGAGAGGCUGGAUCUGGAAACAGCUGUUUGUCCCAGAGGAAGAUCCCACUCCUCGCGUUAUUGGCCAGAUCAAAUCGGAUUCUGACCGAGGCGAGUUUUCCAUCAAGUACAUAUUAUCAGGGGAAGGCGCCGGAGAUGCGUUUGCGAUAAAUGAGCAUUCGGGUGAGAUACGGACUCUGAAGAAGCUCGAUCGGGAGGAAAAGGCCUUCUAUGUCCUCCAGGCCCAGGCUAUCAACAGGAGAUCCAAUGAACCGGAGGAGCCCCAGUCAGAGUUUAUCAUCAAGGUGCAGGACAUCAAUGACAACGCUCCUCAGUUCCUGAAUGAGCCAUAUGUGUCCAGCAUCCCCGAGAUGUGUCCAACUGGGACCACAGUGGCCCAGGUGACAGCCACAGAUGCUGAUGAUCCCAUGUUUGGAAACAACGCCAAGCUCUUGUACUCCAUCCUGCAGGGGGAGCCCUACUUUUCUGUGGAGCCAAAGACAGGUAUCAUCGUAACGUCUUGGUCAGACAUGGACCGUGAGGCCAGGGAGCAGUACCUGGUGGUGGUGCAGGUGAAGGACAUGCUGGGCCUCAGUGGCGGUUACUCCUCCUCCACCACAGUGACCGUUAGCCUCACCGAUGUCAACGACAACGGACCCAUGUUUCAGCACCACCUGUACACCUUCAGCGUCCCUGAAAACGCAGCCGUGGGCACCACCGUGGGCAGGAUCAUGGCAGAAGACGGAGAUAUUGGCAUCAACGCCAGAAUGACCUACACUCUGAAUGAUGAUCUGGAGGGAACCUCCACUUUCAUCAUCACAACAGACCCAGUGACACAGGAGGGGGUGGUUCUGCUAGCCCAGCCGUUGGAUUAUGAAACAAAGAGACGCUUCGUCAUGGAGGCGGAGGCCGCUAACGAUCACGUGGACACGCGCUUCCUGACUCUGGACGACUUCACGGACAAGACGACGCUCAAGAUCAUCGUGGACGACGUGGACGAGCCGCCCGCCUUCCUCUCGGCGGUCUACGAGUGGAAAGUUCCCGAGAAUGCAGCGGUGGGAACUGUGCUCGGCAGCGUCAGCGCCAGAGACACCGACGCAGUCAGCAACCCCAUCAGAUAUUCACUUGACAAAAGGAGUGAUUCCACAAAAGCCUUCAAAAUGGACCCAAACAAUGGAACGAUCACGGUUGUUAGAGCUCUGGACCGAGAGGCCGCAGACUGGCAUAAUGUGACUGUUGAAGCUAAGGAGACAACUCAGAACCAUUUAUCCUCCUCUGUGGUGGUGUUCAUCAAAGUGCUGGACAUAAACGACAACGUGCCAAGGCUUGCGAGAGAUUACCAGCCGUAUAUCUGUGAGGGGACACAGGCAGGAGAGUUCAUUCAGCUGCUCAGCGCCGUCGAUGCAGAUGAACCCGUGGAAGGACACCACUUUUACUUCUCCAUGGUCCCAGACAAGCACAUCAAUCCCAACUUCACCAUCAGAGAUAAUCAAGACAAUACGGCAGGCAUCUUGGCACGCAGAAGUACUUUCACCCGCAAGGAUCGAACCCAGUAUUUCCUGCCCGUGGUGGUGACAGACAGCGGCUCUCCGGCUCUCUCCAGCACCAGCACUUUGACCAUCAGCGUGUGCAGCUGCCAGCCUGCCGGCCAUUGUCCCACAGGGGGGGUGGAGGCCCUCGCUCUGUCCAUGGGGGUCAGCCUGCAAACGUUGUUAGGGAUUUUUGUUUGCCUGGUCACACUCACAGUUCUGUCAGUUCUCAUGCUGGUGGUGAGGAGACACAGGCGGAAACAGCAGGGGGGGCAGAGCGUGGAGGUGAAGGAGCUGGAGCUGGAGCUGCCCGAAACGGUGUCUCAGAAGGUGCUGUAUUACGGCAGUGGAGGAGCGGAGUUGGACUUCUGCCAGCCCGUUGUUCCCCUGCGUCACCACCCCAGGAGGAGGGAGCGGAGGCUGCGGAGGGAGGACGUCAGGGCCAGUAUACGCAUGUCCCUCCGAGAGUCGCACCUCAUCGGGCCCGAGGACGACGUCUUCAAGCAGUUUAUUCUGGACCGGCUGGCAGACGCUGAUCAGGACCCGUACGUUCCCCCGUUUGACUGCCUCAGGAUCUACGCGUACGAGGGAUGUGGGUCGCCCGCAGGUUCCCUGAGUUCUUUGGAGUCAUCUGUGGUUGAAUUUGUACCUGAGCAGCCUGUUGGUAAUCCCCGACCCCCCUUAGUGAGACUCACCCCUUGGUACGGAGAGGAGGACACGACCUUCUGAGAGGCAUGUGAUUGGCUUUAGUUUGACAUUUUAGGAAAAUAUGGUUCAGUAAUUGUUUUUUUUUACAGCGGGUGAAACGCAAAGAAUCCCAUCUGUGUCUGUGCGGAACACGCCAGUCACUUUAUAUAGAUUUGCUGUGUUUCAGAGGCGCUGGUAGGCCAAGAUAGCUGGCUCGCUCUUCUUAGCCAAGUAACAAUAAAGCCCCAUUUCCACCAAGUAAAACAGUUUGGUUCGCCUCUGUACGUCACCACAAUAACAGAUCCGUAUCAAAAUCAUCAAUUAACGUGUUUUACGGCAGCCUUCUCUCAAACAAAGCUUGUCUUCUUAUUGUGAUAAACAUCCACAUGCCUAGAAGUAUGAAUGAGUGCCGAGUGUCCUUCGCUGUCGCUCUUUGUUUUGCUGCGUAAUGUUCUUCUUCUUCUUCGUCUUUGUGGAAUUUAUCUCCACACCACACUGUGCCACCAGUGUGACAUUGUGUUAUUUAUACAGCUGAUGCACACUUUGUAAAUGGCUCCAUCAUUUACGGCCCACACAACCCCACAGUGAUAGUUGUUGACUGCGCCGCGGCGAGCUGACCCGCACUGCACCGGCUCGGUGGAAAACGAGGCACAGGCUCGUCCACAGACGUGCUGUUUUUUUUACUGUCUUCGUAAUUACUGUGAGUUCACGCUGCACGAGUGAGCGACAGCGGGGGGGACAACGCGAGAAGCAGCGACGAACAUGAAAACACACGUGGUCACAAAAACACACUGUGAUAAGUGAUAAAGGAGAAUGAUGCGUGAAGCCCGGGCUGCGUUUGGCUUCGUUUCAUGUUUCCAGAUCCACGACUGAACAUUAAGUGAAGCAGCGCUCUCUCCCUACUGUCACUUUUGUGUUUUUCUUUUUCUGUCUUUUUCUCUCGUCUCCCACGAGCCACUGUCCUGUAUCCCCGGCUGUCGGAGUCAUUUCAGAUUUGAAUCAAAUUUACACCAUGCUGGAAACGAGGUUGGCCGUGUCUUUGAAUAUUUUACAUUUUUUGCACCUGCUGAUCACUUUCAAAAAUCAUGUCGUGUGGACUUGGCUUUUAACUGACUGCUAAUUGUGCCCACGUCGAUGACAGAGAGUGAGUGUCUUUCACCAAAUGUCACGAUUCAUUUCAAGACCUAAAAACAACACUUGUGUUAUCAAACUAAUUCGUACCUACCUCCUGCAACAAGCACUGCCAUUCAUUGUGAAAUGAAUGUAAAAAAAAAGGUCAAAUUUAAACCAAAUGUUACAUGCAUACAGGUGUCCUCCUCACCUGCUAUAAGACACUACUGGUGAUUUUUUUUUUACAGAUGCUAAAAAUGAAAAAUGGCCAUAUUUUUUCAUGGAAAAGUGACCUUUUUGUGUCUUUGCCCUAAAUUAGUGUGUUAAUGUAGUUCCAUGACUCUACAAGAACUCCAUUACUGGUUUAUGUUGGUUCAAAUGCUUUAGCGUUACGUGUGUGUUACUGAGGCAGUACACGACUGUAGGACCCUAAACUGUGGACACUGGGGAAAGACUCUUUUUCUGCCACCUGAGCUACUGAGGUAUAAUAUUUGACUAUGCUUGUAGCGGCUUUAACUGACCAGCAGCUUCAUAGUUUCCAGUUUAUUUGACAGCUACUUGCUGCUCAUUGUGUACUGGCUGGAAUAAAAGAAAAGAAAGAAAGAAAGAAAGAAAGAGCCAAUAGGUGCUUAUUAAGCUGCGAGGAAAUGGAAAGCUAGGAACAAUAUCACUGAUGCAUGCAGCUUUAAACUGGUCAUUUCAGCUGCCUUAACCAGGCUUUAUGCAAAAUAAAAAAAACACUGGCGGAUCAUUCAUUUUGUAGGAAUUAACUAUCAUGUUAAUUCCUUGUUUUCUUGUAUUUACAAUGACAUAAUGUUUUUUUUUAACUCGAUUCAUCCACAAAGACAAUUAUUGAGCGUUAAAGAGUGCAGUUAUUAUCGUGUAACAAACUUUUCCACUGCAUGCUUUCUGAUUCGUUUUCAAGUGAAUCUAAUGUUUUAUAACAGUUUGUACUCUAUAUUUUUUGAGUUGUAUAAAUGAAUGGAACUCUCCAUGGUAAGUCUUCUCCCGACAGAAGUUCAUGAAGGAAGGCAUCCAAUAAAUACCAAGUGUUUAACAUGUA